ACAAUCCAGCCGUGAUCUGUUAUAAACAAAAUAGAAUCAGCUGACUCCCAUCCGCACAACGAGUUCAAGUGGCCACAUAUACGAAAGAGUAAAUAAUUAUUUAGAAAAUAAUAUUUUCUGUUUAAUUACUAGUUGAAUGAUUGAAUUACUAAAUGAAGAUUGGAGAAAGAGACAACCGUCUUAAUCUAAAUGAAGGGGUUGAGACACAAACUGAAAAUCAAACGUAUACAAAUGAAAAUAAUAUUUACAUCUUUCAGGCCCAUUUACAGAAUGAAGAAAACAGUGCUUCUAAAAUAAAUAAACUUAAGGACUUAAUAAGGAAAAACCUGCCAGGAUGUGACCUCGUCUUAUGUAUCUUCAUUGCUGCCUUAAAGUCUUUCCGAGCUGAUAAGUGCUUACGUCCAUUUCCACAAUAUUUUGUAAAUGAGAAAGAUGAAAAGGACUUUGUUUCCCUGAAGAAGUCCUUUGAUAAAAUUCCUCCAUUGUCUGAGUUUUUGAGGAUUCCUGCACAAAAUAUACCCCAAGAUGUUGCAGAUCUUCUACUGUGGCUAUUUUUUGCUUCUGGAAUCCCAAUAUUAACUAAGGAUUCGGUGGAGAAUUUGCCAGUAUCGGUAUUAAAUACAAAGGCCAGUAUUAACCCAGUACCUCAACAUGUUUUUGAGGUAAAUUAUAGUCCUAAAAUAGAUGAAACAUGGAUGAAGCGAACUAGGUCUAAAACUGUUUUCUACGCGUUCCAUGGUAGCCCAGUUAUUAAUUUCUAUUCCAUUUUAAAGAUUGGACUUCAGCAGCAUUUUAGUAGUGAAAAGGAAGUUAUAUUUGGUAACGGAGUAUAUCUCUCCAAUGAAAUUUCCAUAUGUACAAAUUAUGCUCCAUUUGCGAAAACGUGGAACCACAGUACUAUAGGAACCAAACACAGUAUUAUAGCAGUAUGUGAAGUUAUUAAUGAUGAAGAGAAUGUAAAGUGCAAAGAUGAAAAUAAUAGGAAAAGAGCCCUCAAUCAAAAUAGCUAUGGAGAAAUUCCAGAAAAAUAUUUUGUCGUAACAAACAGCGAAUUAAUAAAAGUUAAAUAUUUAUUGGUAUAUGGAAAUGGUGGACCAUCGGCGGUUAAGUCAUUUGUUAAAAAACAUUUUCUGUGGAUUUUGAUAGUUUUGUAUAUUGUUAUGUUAUUAAUGAUAAAAUUGUACAAUAUGGGCUUAUGGAAAAAAUCCAUUAGAUUAGUCUACUUUUUACAAAAAUAUUGUUUAGCGUUCAAUACGUAUCUAAAUAAUUAAUUUUAUUAUCCCUAACAAGCCCUACAAUGUUGAUAAUACUUUUGAGAUAACUCGUUAAAGUAUAACAUUUUUUUCUUUAGCACUUGUGUUAUAAUUGCUACAGGGUUAUCCAUUUUAUGCUUGGGAAAGUAGAGUAAAAAACACACACAAAAUAUUCAGAUGGAGACGAAAUUUUAAUUCAAUAUAAAGAUUAAACCUUGCCAUUAUACGUGAAAAA